ACAAUGAUUGCGAAAAUAUCUUUGGUGCUUGUCGCACUCCUCGGAGUGUCCUCGGGUGAGGUAGAAGUUCCUGGAACGUUGAUUUGGGAAAAACCAUCCGGCCUCUCGAUUGUGGGACUUGCUGAAGUAACUCCUCCGACCUGCGAUAUGGUCAACUAUUACAGCACCUGUUACGAUUGCAAUCAAAUCUUGGUGUGUUCCGGUAAGCUAUCGAGCGCCCAGCAGGACUGCCGUGUGACUUCUCCUACCAAACCGUUUUGCUCCAACGGAAUUUGUUCGGCCGUGUCAACCUGUCCUCCGAAACCUCUUACUUGUACGGAUGUCGGCAAGUUCCCUGAUCCGUUCAACUGUACUCGAUAUCACUACUGUGAUACAGCCGACACGGAAUCGUCGGUUUACGAAUGUCCUCCUAAAUACGUAUUUAAUCCGGAAACUGAACUGUGCAAAGUGCAAGUCUACGUAGCGGACUGCAUGACUGCCAAAUGUGACCCAAGCAAAGCCUUCGGAACCUAUGGCACUUCUAAGAAGUUCUUUGCCGUUUGUGCGUACACUGAUAAGGGCGUCGUAGAUACGGUCAAUAUGGCGAAAUGUCCCAACAACACCCUGUUCGAUACGGUCAAUUCAAAUGGAUGCAAAUUCACCUGCCCCAAGGAUGGCAACUUCGCCAACCCGAUGGAUCCCACCUUUGCAACGUACUACAUGUGCUACACUUCCGGAUUAACCAAGGUAGCAUCGCUGCAGACAUGUGCGGAAGGAAAGGCCUUCGAUAUUUCAGCCGGUUUGUGCACAGCUGCUGCUUAUGCUACAACCACUACUGCUCCCGCUCCGGCUCCAGCUCCAGCACCGGCACCAGCUCCGGCUCCCGCCUAAGCUGCUGUCCUCACUAUUUGAAUUUCGAGGCUCGAGAACAUUCUACGCUGGUCGUUCCAUUCAUCAACAAAUGACUACUGUAAAUAGUUAUCAAGCAGUUAUCACUUCCACUUUUUCAUUCACGUACUUAAAGUCUUCGUUAGAUUUGAAUAGAUCAAAACUGUUAUGAAAUAAAAUGAAUUCUGCUGACAGUAUGUAAGAGCAGCUCAGCGCACUUCAUCCUCAAGUUAUACAAUUCUCAUCCAAGAUACUGAAUUGAAAAGAACGUAGGGUGAAUCGGGGAAUACUUAGAUACCUAUAAAUAAAAGAAGACUAUCUCUUAAA